GGAGAGAGAGCUUCGGAGAGUCUCGGACCAACUUCCUCCGAUUCGUUUCCAAACUUUCCAAUCUUUCGAUCUAAAACGCUUGCUUAAGCAUCCUUCUCUACUGGGUUUUCUUUCUUUUUUCUCUCUUUGAUCGAUACUACGGUUUAGAGAGAGCUUCGUCCUUCGAAGUUCGAGCACGGCGAUGUAGAACAGAUCAGCGGUUUUCAAAAGGUACUUUGUUCGGCUGCAAAGAUGGGCAGAAAUUUGAGUUCAGUACUCCAACAACAGCUAGAGAACCUUGACAAGGAUUCAGAGAGUCGAAGAUCAGCAAUGAAAGCACUGAAGUCGUACGUGAAAGACCUUGAUUCAAAGGCCAUCCCUCUCUUUCUGGCCCAGGUUUCUGAAACCAAAGAGAACAGUUCAUCCGGGGAAUACACCAUUUCUCUCUAUGAAGUCCUUGCCCGUGUCCAUGGUCCCAAAAUUGUCCCUCAGAUUGAUAAUAUUAUGUCCACCAUUAUAAAGACCUUGACAUCAAGCCCAGGAUCCUUCCCUCUUCACCAGGCCUGUUCGAAGGUGGUACCUGCCAUUGCAAGAUAUGGGAUUGAUGCAUCGACUCCCGAAGACAAGAAGAAAAUGAUUAUACACUCCCUGUGUAAUCCCCUGUCCGAUUCACUCUUGGGUUUUCAAGAGGGGCUUGCCUCCGGGGCCGCCCUGUGUCUGAAGGCUCUUGUUGAUGCUGAUAACUGGAGAUUUGCUUCGGAUGAGAUGGUGAAUGAGGUUUGUCUGAAAGUUGCAGGGGCUUUGGAGGAGAAGCCUACCCAGACCAAUGCUCACAUGAGCUUGGUUAUGUCUUUGGCGAAGCAUAACAGCCUGACAAUUGAGGCUUAUGCUAGGUCACUCUUAAGAUCUGGUCUGCGGAUAUUGAAUGCUGGGGUUGUUGAUGGGAAUUCUCAGAAGCGGUUGUCAUCCAUUCAGAUGGUGAAUUUCUUGAUGAAGUGUGUGGAUCCUCGGAGUAUUUCCUCGGAGCUGGGGACGGUGAUUGGGGAAAUGGAGAAGUGCAACUCUGAUCAGAUGGCAUUUGUGAGAGGGGCUGCUUUUGAAGCGCUGCAGACUGCAAGAACAAUAGCCACAGAGAAAGGUUCAAGGUUUGAGAAAGAUGCAGGCUCAAUCACGGGGUCAAACUUUAGUAAGAGAAGAGAUCAUUGCAGGAGUACAAAAUCACCUCGUUCUGUAUCACCAGAAUCACAAACUGUCAAUUCUUUCAUCGAGUAUGAUUCAUUGACUGAAUCACCGAUUUCAACAGGCCAAAUUUCAUGUAACUUUGAUUACAGCAGAAGGUCUGUGAACCGGAAGCUCUGGAGGAACGAGAAUGGGGGAGUUGAUGUGUCACUAAAGGAUGGUUUAUAUUCAGAGGUGGGUAUGGGUAGUAACGUCUCAAAUAUGUUUCUUGAGGGUUUUGGGGAUGGUGAGCGCCGCAACCAAGGAGAUCAUUCAGAGUUCUCAGGGUUUGUGCUGGACAGUCCAAGAAAUUGUCUCCCACGUAGUGCCACUCCAAGCCCUCAGAGGCCACGCUCUCAGUUCAACAUUGAUGAUAUCUUUACAACGCCAAGGAAGCUCAUUCACUCCCUUCAGGAUCCAAAUAAUGUCAACUCUGAAUUUGCUGAGAAACAAGCCAGAUGGUUCAGAAGCCCAGCCUCUAACCAUUUACAGUGGAGCCCAGCAAGCAAAUUCAACGGGAAAGAAGUCUUUUAUGAAUUAAAUGGUAAUGUUGGAGGCACUGAACAGCCAUCUGAAACUAAGGGGAACGUCCAAGUUGGGUCUGAAUCGGUGUCAUCAACUGGGGAUGUUCCUGCUGAUGGUGAUCAAGUAUCCCAUGAAGCAGUUCUCAAAGAUAAAACUGGACUUGCAGGCAAAAAUGUAAAAUGGAGAAGUGUAGGACAACUUGUUCUAAAUUUGGUCUGUCUCCUCUCCGUUCUUCUUGCAGUUUUCAUGUCAGUAAUUGGGACUGAUAAUCAGGAAGGCUGUAAUCUUGUUCCGACCUAAUUUGUUCAGUUUGUAAACAGAAUAUUCAUUGGAUCUUGCGUUCAGAGCUCUAUAUUAUUACCCCCCUUUGUUGUAACUUUGAGUGUUUUCAUUUGCUCAAUGAAGGUAAUUAAUAUAUUGUUCUUAGCAUAUUCAUUUGCUUUGUUUUGCCUAAACAUUUUUAGUAUGA